AACUACAUCACCCAGAAUGCAAUAGAGGUCUUUGUCUUUUGUCUUUGGCAAAACUGAACCAUAUUUCUGGAAAAAAUGUAAUAACAAAAUGCAUCAUAAAUAAUUGAGUGUGGACCUUUUAAUACAUUUUUUUUAUUUUGGGUCAACCGCUGGAGUGUUUUUACAUCGUUUGUUCCCAUUCCUGAAAUACACUUUCAGUUUUGUUAAAAAAUAUGAUUUACGGAUAUGAUUUUCAGAUUUCAGGCAUUAUUUACAUGAUAAUUUUUAAUUGUUUUUAUUAACUGUCCUGAGUAAUAUGCAAUACUUCAAAGAUAAAGAAACAUAAUACAAAUAAAUAUCUAAUUUCUUUGUUCUCGUUACAGCAUGUAAACCAGGAUUAUAUUGGUAAUGCUAAAGUUUUACAUUUGUAAAAGACACUCAAAACAUUUUAAUUGUAAGAGUGUUAAGGAAAAAGCUUUGGAAUGUCUGUGCCUGGGGCCCAAUAGUUGGGGAACAUGUUUAUACAGGUUUAGGUGUGCUCUUAAAAAGUAUUGCAAAUCUAUUAUAAACAUUAUCAAGUAUUUGUAGACAUGAAUAUAUCUCAUAUGGAGGGUGGAACACUUUGUUCUUAUUGUAAAACUAAAUAAAAGCAGUUCUCACACGCACCAAAGGGUAAACAUGUUCAUGGAUGUUUUGUCUCAGUGACGUAACGCACGGCCACGCUGGAGAGGGAGCGGUCACGCGCACACUCACAGUCUAUGCACGCACACAGGUAGGCUCUACUAACAUCGGUGCUCAGGUAAACCUGGAAAUCACGGCCGCUGGACUCGAAAUAACACGUUUAAAGGUGUAUUUACCAAUAUGUCAGUCCGCUCAAGACCUGGUUAUUUUCGCCAGGAAGUGAAUAAAACAGUUUGGGAGGUGCCGGAGAGAUACAGAGAUCUGAAACAGGUGGGGACUGGGGCAUACGGUACAGUAUGCUAUGCAUUUGACCGGAAGAUGGGGGCAAAGGUGGCCAUCAAGAAGCUCCAUCGUCCUUUCCAGUCUGCCCUGUUUGCCAAAAGAGCUUAUCGGGAGCUCAGGCUGCUCAAACACAUGAAGCAUGAAAAUGUUAUUGGACUCCUGGAUGUUUUCACCGCAGACCUGUCUCUUGACAAAUUCCAUGACUUUUACUUGGUCAUGCCUUUCAUGGGUACUGAUCUUGGGAAGUUGAUGAAAAUGGAGAGAAUGUCAGAGGACAGGGUUCAGUAUCUGGUCUACCAAAUGUUAAGAGGGCUCAAAUACAUCCAUGCUGCUGGGAUUAUACACAGGGAUCUCAAACCAGGCAAUCUAGCAAUAAAUGAAGAAUGUGAGCUCAAGAUCCUGGAUUUUGGCCUAGCAAGGCAAGCAGACAGUGAAAUGACGGGUUACGUUGUGACACGCUGGUACAGAGCACCUGAGGUCAUUCUUAACUGGAUGCAUUACACACAGACUGUGGACAUCUGGUCGGUUGGUUGUAUCAUGGCAGAGAUGCUGCUAGGGAAACCACUGUUCAAAGGAAACGACCACCUGGAUCAGUUGAUGGAGAUCAUGAAGAUUACUGGUACCCCCACAAAAGAGUUCACUGCCAAACUACAAUCUGAAGAUGCUAGAAAUUAUGUUACAAAGUUACCAAAACUUAGAAAGAGAGAGCUUCGGGCAUUGUUACCAAAUGUUAACCAGCAAGCGAUCCAUGUGUUAGACUGCAUGUUACUCUUGGACCCUGAAAGUAGAGUAACAGCAGCAGAAGGACUGGACCUUCCUUACUUCUCUGAAUUCCGUGAACCAGAGGAGGAGACUGAGGCCCCACCGUAUGAUCAUUCAUUGGAUGAGGCUGAUCAGUCAGUGGACCAAUGGAAAAGACUUACCUUCACUGAAAUUUUGACCUUCCAGCCAAGGCCAGCGGGGACAGAAUCUAAAGAGACAGCUCUCUGAGAUUGCUAAUACUGAACAUGCCAAUAUUUUUACAUCAGCAAGGCUUUGCAUUUUCUUUGUACCAUUUGUUGUAUACAGACUUGUGUGUGAUUUUCUUUGUACUGGUUUUGUGUCCAACAAAACCUGUUUUGUAUCCACAAAAUGAGUUGUGUGCUGUUUUAUUUAGUGUUUCAACUCGUUUUUCUCCCGUGUUAUGCACAGUUAAAUUACCAACUUGAAUCAGACCUGCAACUAACCUGCUGGAGAGUUGGAGGGCAUAGAUCUAGGCAAAUAUGUGAUUGUAGUAGUACUAAACUUUCUCUAUGGAGAGAAUCCUAUCAGGAAAAUUACAGGUUAUUGCUAAUACUAAUUUAAUUGCAUUUCAGUACUUGUAAUGUGAACGUCUGUAAGCCUAUACCUGUACAUCUCUUUGUGCAAUAACAAUUAUUUAAUGAACUCUGACACUUGAGCUUGUUGAAGGGGAAGAAGUCAUUACAGUCUAGUAAAAUUCUGGAAUUUCUGAAUUUUUCAUGAAUUCCAGCAGAGGGCAACAUUUGCACUUGGCAUUUCCCCUAACAACAUUUGCAUGUAAUGCAUUUUCAGAAAGCUGCAGUGUUACACUAGGCACUUAGUGCAUGUCAACUUUGGGUCCUUGGUCACCUCUUAUCCUCAGUGUCUUGAUUGUGUUGCAGUAUGUUGCCUUUUGCUCACAAGUACCUAGUUUAGGGACACGGUUCCCUGUCCCAUGGAUAACUUUUUUGGCCUCUGUUUAGAAUGCUUGUAUGGUUCAUGUGAAUAUCAGAGUGUGUUCUGGUCAAGAAGAAAACAGAGGUGGAGAAAAAUACAUUUUUUCUGCUUUCUUCUUGGCAGCCAGAUGUAAUGACACAAAAAGGAAGAGAGAAACAAUGCAAAUCAUGCAGUUUCUCUAUUUUUGCCAGUUUAUUUAAAGAACUCUGAUUUUGCAACACAAAUAUCUAAUGUUUGUUAGAACAAAUGGCUGUACAGUGCAGAUGUUGUUUAAAGUAUUGGAAAAGUAAUUGUCUUUUAAAAAUCUAGGGCCAUUACAACACUGAAUUUUUACAAUAUGGGUUUUCAAGAAUUUCACUCAUUAAACUCAAGCCAAUUUCCAUCUUUAUAAUGCAGGUCAGAGUACAUUUGGACUGUUAAAUUUAGCUCUGAAUUUUGUGCUUUUCAGUCAAAUUUUAAAUGUCAUAAUAUAAAAUGAAAUUCCAUUGCAAGCACAUAUUUUUGACCAUAUUUAAGAACUAGUUUUCCUUUUUUGAGCUAUUUUUAGUGUCAACGUGUUUUUAGUGGUUUUAGUAUUUAUGAAAUAAUUUCCCUUAAAGUUCACGUAAGUGUCCUUACAGAGAAAUUAAGGGUGUGUUUUGGCUAAAUUCUUUGUUCUUCUGGGUUAGCAGUGGUUUUUGCCUUGCCACACUUCCAUGGAUUUCAUUUUUGGCCAGUGUCUUUCUGAUAGUGUCAAUGACAGUGACCUUUAUUGAUGCAAUAGAGGCCUACAGUUCCUUGGAUGUUGUCCUUGGCUUUAUUGUGACUUCCUGGAUGAGUUGUCACUGUGCUCUUGGAGGAAUUUUGGAAGGUCAGCCACUUACUUCUGGGAAGGUUCACUACUGUGCCAAGUUUUCUCCAUUUGGAGAUAAUGGCUCUCACUGUGGUUCUUUGGAGUCCCAGAGCCAUUGAAAUAGCUUUGUAUCCCUUCCCAAACUGAUGUAUUUCAUUCACCUUUUUCCUCAUCAUUUCUGGAAUUUCUUUCAACCUUGGCGUGGUGUGCUACGGGAGAGAUCUUUUAGCCAACUUCGUGCUGCUGAAAAAGUUAUUUUUAGGUGUUGAUUUGAUAGAAAAGGGCUGGCAGUAAUCAGGCCUGGGUGUGUCUAGCCCAGCUAAACCCCAUUAUGCAAUUUCACAGAUUUGGGGAUUUAUUAACUAUGGGGGCAAAUACUUUUUCAAAAAUGCCAAGUUGGUAUUGGAUAAUUUCUCACAGAUAUCGCUUUACAUUGAGAACAUUAUUUCCAGAAAUUAGACUUUGUUAUCUGUCAUUGUCACACAUCCCAUAUACUCAGUUGUGCAACACUUGAUUGUUGUAAACACAAUCAUUCAUUUUGUUUGCUUAUAUGUUGACAUAGUUUGCAUUUAACUCGAAUAUAUGCUCUCAUAUUGAAAGACCUUGUGUUGCAAAAGUGUCUUCAUGACUUUCUACAUUUAAGUAUUGGGACAUUUCUGCAUUUAUUAUUCCUGUCAGCUCUUUUUUUUUCAAAACUAAAGUUAUUUCAAAUGCACUGUUCUCCAACUCUUUUUGUUUUGAAACCCUGUCCAUCCUAUUUGCUAUAAAUAUACUCUACUUCAUGCUUUCUCUGCAUAAUUUGCUCUGUUUCAUUUCUUUCUCUCUCUCUAUCUCUUGCACAAGUACAGGGACAGGCACGUGCCUCAAUGCUGUUUAGCAGACCUUAUAUCCUUUGGCUUAACAGGCUGUGUAAGAGGAAAUUCCACAGGCUCAAAUGUUCUAGGCGAAGGCCCCAGUGUUGAUCAAGAACCCAGGAUCCCACCAACACCUCUGGAGUGGAAGCGUGGGGGCCAGGAGGAUUUAACUUUCUGUACCGCAGAUGGGUCUCCUCCAGUCAGCAGAGUAUUUUAAGUAUCUCCAUGGUCAUAAAAAUAAGUGUUACUCAAACGUAUGUUCAUAUUAAGAAUAUAUGAACCCAGAAUCAAACUUCCAUUAGUUCCCUUCCUGUUGUUCUAUAUCAAAAUUGUGUGUGUGAUGAAAAAUAAUACUUAAUCAUUAUUUUGUUGUUUUCCAGUCAAAAAAAAAAAAAAAAAAAAAUCUCAUCAUUAAAACAAGAUAAAGUUACUAGAGAAGACAAAUGUAAUGAUAUAUUAAAAUGAUUGUUCACCCAAAAAUGAAAAUGAUGCCAUCUUUUACUUACUCUCACUGUUCUAAACAUGCAUGACUUUAUUUAUUUAAUGGAUCAAAGGCUAGCAUUUCUAUAAUGAUAGCCUCAGUCACCAUUCACAUUCAUUAUAUGGAAAACAAAAGUUGCAAUGAAAGUAAAUGGUGGCUACGCCUAUCAUUCUGCCUAACGUUUCCUUUUAUGUUCCAUGAAAAAAAUAAAGUUAUAUGAGUUGGAACAACAUGAGGGUGAGCAAUAGAUGCCAAAAUGUUCUAUCCCUUUGAGACUUAUUUUCAGAGAAUGUAUCUUGAAUAACCUUUGUUUGUCUCACUCUAUUGGCAAAUAGCUUUUCUUGUUUUAAGCAUAAAACUCACUCAAUUUUGUUUUGAUUUUUGCCUUCAUUAUGUUUAAGCAUUCUUAUGACCUCCUUGAGACUUAUGAUUAAAAUGUAUCAGGACUGUUUUCAGGGACUUAAUUUGCAGGAAAUGUUCUCUAUUCAAACUUUUUCACCGACAAGGGUCAUUCUCUGAUAGGCUGUGUGUGUGGUGAUACUAUUUCAUCCAAGAUACAAAGGAAAGCUGUCAUAUAUGCAAGGGUUGAACUAGAUUGAAAAAUAUAAAGCUUCCUUCUUGGCUUCAGAGUGAACGUGUCAAAGUUAUAAUGUAUACAGCUGCCUAAACACUGUGGAGGUCAGAGGUGGCUCCUUGACUUUAUCUUUAGAAGGAUUUAAGCUGGUUUAAAGAACAGAAUGUUCCUGGUUGUGAUGUCACAAGAAUAAUACAACAUCCUACUCCUUUGGAAAUGUUCUGGAGGGCUUUUAGAUUUCUUUAGCAGUAGUCCAGGAAACUGUGGUUGAUGUUUCACUGAGCUCAGUUAUAUUCCAUUGGCUCAAAUAUCAAGUGUAUAUCAAACCAGCGUUUUGAUGCUUCACCUGACAGUUAUUCAGCUGUGAGCAGCAGAGUACUUUUCAAAGAAGAUAUUCAGUUUUUGAAGUGUUUGAUUUUUUUUUAGUAAGUUAUAUUAUUAAUGUUAUUAUUUGUUUUACUGGUUUAAAAUGUUUUUGUACACAUACUGUUGAGUCUGUCAGACAAAAAAUAAUAUCUGUUACUGAGCAUUUUGGAUUGGGGGCUAAAGAAACAUGGAAAUAUAUUUUGGCUAUAAAAUAUAUUUAAAUGCAGCGAUGUGCAAAAACAAAUAAGAUAAAUAACUGAAAGAUUUAGUCAGGAAUCAAGGGUAAACAAAGAGAACUUUAAUGCUUAAGAAAGUGAAUAAAAACUGCGGAUACAGUAACUUCAUAGAAAAUAAAUAAGCAGAAGAAAAUCUUAUUCACUCUUUAUAUUAAAUGAGAGUUCUGGAAUCAUUCUGGAAAUCACAAUCACACAACAAUUCUACUGCAUUCUUUAUUCAUGCUAAGUGCUUUUGUACAAACUGUGAUGGAAAAAAAUGUCUCAAAGGCAGAAUGUGUUUAUUUGAUAGACCCGUUCCUUCUGUUUCUCAACCACAUUGUUACAUAACUCUUAUGUACUUACAUAACGUCCUUUCCAGAAUUUAAUGAAGAAAAAACAGAAUUUUAUGGAUAAGUAGCAGAGUACCUGCACACAUCCACUAUAUGUGGCAUGUAUGCUUGUAAAGAUGGGAGGUCGUAGGGAGAAGUUUAGACAAAAUACUGUAGCUGUGUAAGUGUAAUGAAUCGUUGUGACCGCGUCCUUCAUUUAGCUCUUGAGGGACAGUGUUCGGCAACCAGGUCAAGAUUUAGGACAGGUUGAAGUUUAAAGGUUGAAGUUUAGUCUUAAUGGAUUCCGUUAGAAUCACUGGAAUUGCAAAACUUGCUGUUUUCAGUUUCCUCUGCCCAGAACUCAUCUCAUCACUUUAAAUUAUUAAAUAAUUUAUUAUUUAUUUAUUAAUGUAUAAAUAGAUCAAAUAUUGAUACCCCACCUAACCACAGAUAUAAACCAACAGAACCCCAUUUGGUCAUUACAAUACUAUUAAGUAACCAAAUAGAGAUUUUCUUAGUUGUAAUUUCCAUAUCUAUAACAUGUUCAAAAGUCUAGCAAUAAUCUUUGGAGACCACGGUCCUGUUAUCAAGAUAAAUAAAUAAGUAAAUUGGAGAGCCAUUUGUAAAGAAUGUAUGUUGUAUGUAUGUAUCGGUAUUAAAAUGACAUGUCAAGCAAAGGCAGAGCAGUUGCCUGCAGUGUAAUAUGGUAAUCUAAAAUUACUUCACAUUUCUUUUCUAAUUUGUAAUUAAACAUUUUUCAUGCCGUUUAUGGCUCAAUAAUACUUGAGACACCACAUGGAAUUCAUGAAUGUAAUGAAUUAAUGAGAAAUGUAUGAAAAUUGUCACACAACACAAAUAUUUAAAGGGGUAGUUCAUUCCUUUUAACAGAUAUCCCAGGAGAGAUCAUGAUAUCCCAGGUGUGUGUGACUUUCUUUUUUCACCAGAACACAUUUGAAGAAAAUUUUAACUCAGC